AUGGCGCACAGGGCAAGAAGGUUCAGUAGUAAGGAGCUAAAGAUUCUUGUGCGGCAUAUUGACAGGCCCCUGGCCAAUAAUGCUGAGAAAUUGGCAGCAUAUGAAUGUGCCAGACAGGAGAUCCUGUCCGGACUGCACAGGGAGAGAGGUUUCCCGGCUCUCCAGAGGAGAUGGAGUGACCUGGUUAGACGGGAACAGCAGACGCUGCAACUAUUGAGGGCCAAAGUUGCUAGAGAAUGUAGGCCACGCCUCCACCCGUCUAGCCAGGGAGCUGAUCCUCUGGAGGGCCCCAGUGGCACCCUCCCUCCCUUGCCAGUGACAGGCCUCCAGGCGGACCAGGGCCCACCGUGCCCUCCGGCUCCCACCACCACCACCAUCACCACGACCCAACCAUCCGGCAUUCCCGGACCCUCAAUAACAACGCCUGUAGAAGAGGUAGACCUCCAAGGCCUCCAUGAGGGUGAGGGCCAAACAUGGUCUCCAGGACCCCCCAGCACUCCCGCUACUACCACCACCCUACCACCCACCCACCCACUUCAUGAUGCCGGCACAUCUGUACCGUCAAUAAUCCCACCACAGCCAGAAUCCGGCAAUCCACCUCCUCCCGAACUCCGAAGACUAAUGUCAUUAGCAAACACCCUGUUUGACUAUAUUUAUCGUUCUUUGUAAAAAAAAAUAUUUAUUAUUAC